CGUGGGGUGCGAGAGAGACAGAGCGACGAAACCGCUGUUCAGACGCGGCCUGGACCCAGGCUGGACCCGCCGCAGCCGUCGGUGCGUCAGUCAGUCAGUCAGUCACUCGGCCGUCGGCAUGGCCGCGACGUGGACCUGGUGCGCGGCGCUGUUGCUCCUGGUGGCCGUGCUGGCCGUGGAGGCCACGCGCCGCCCCUGGGUGUCCACGGUGGACCCCCGGCCGAACAAGGGCAAGGGGCCGUGCGCCAAGGGGCCCGCGUCCUGCAGGAAGGUCUGCGCAGAGGAGGAGGGGGCCGGGGGCCACUGCAACCCGCAGGGCGAGUGCAUCUGCAGCGGGCACUACAAGACCACGAGGGCGUCCACCCCGUCCACCACGGCCACCUCGGCCACCUUGGCCGCCACGGCCGCCACGGCCUCGGACACCACCAUAGAAGCGUCCACCGACGCGCCCCCAGAGGCGCCCCCAGAGGCGCCCCCCGAGACGGACGCGGAGACGGAGACGACUUCGGACGCGGACAGAGACGCGCACAGGCCGGCGCUCCAUCCCGCGUAAAAUGACCAAUAAAAGCAGAAUUUACUCUCUAGUUUGUCACAUUCGAGGGCUUGAACGGAAAAUUUUUCUCUGAAAUGUUUACGUUGCUCAGCUCACAACCUCGGGCUGCAAUCCUGACUCAACUGACGUUGCAGGUCACCACAACCGACGAGCGGCGCGCCCUCCACGAGAGCGCCUUCCGGCGGCGGGACCAAGC